CUGGUAUGAAUUGUCCUGAGGAGAGCUUGCGACAACGGUUUGGGUGAAGGCUUAGGUGUUCUAGAUAACGUGUCUUUACUGUCUAUACGACCACAUAACACAUGACUAUGGAGGAAGAUCAGCUGGUGGAUGUUAUUGUUGUAGGGGCAGGUCUGAGUGGUUUGGCGGCUGCUAAGCUUUUACAAGAGACAGGACUGGAUGUGUUGGUGCUUGAAGCACGUGACAGAGUGGGUGGGCGGACACUUACAGAGCACAACUCUCAUGUUGGCUAUGUUGAUUUGGGCGGAGCCUAUGUUGGUCCAACACAGAACAGACUCCUGCGUCUGGCGGAUGAAUUCGGGAUUAAAACUUAUUUUACCAAUGAAGUGGAAGACCUGGUGUUUUACACUAAGGGGAAAUCCAAGAGGUACCACGGCGCCUUUUCCCCAGCAAGUGGGUUUUUCGAGUAUUUGGACAUGAAUAAUUUUUUCAGACUUUUGGAUAAAAUGGGUGAAGAGAUUCCUCCCGAUGCCCCUUGGAGGGCCCCACAUGCCAAAGAAUGGGACCAAAUGACCAUGCAGCAAUUUCUUGACAAAAAUGUUUGGACCAAAGAAUGCAUGACAAUUGCACGACAGUAUGUGAAUGUGAAUGUAUCAGCGGAACCCUAUGAAGUGUCCCUGUUGUGGGUGCUGUUUUAUAUUAAACUCUGUGGGGGCACACAGCGCAUACAUGCUACUGAGAAUGGGGCACAGGAGAGAAAGUUUGUUGGCGGCUCACAACAAAUCAGCAAAAGAAUUGCCGAAAAGCUGGGCAACGACCGAGUCCUCCUGAGUCACCCUGUGUGCCAUAUAAGCCAGACAACUGAUGGAGUGACGGUGUCCGUUACUGGUGGACAACAAUUCAGGGCUAAACGUGUCAUCAUUGCCUCUCCGCUACCUUUACAAAAUAAGAUCACAUAUGACCCUCCCUUGCCAAGUCUCAGGAAUCAAUUAAUACAAAGAAUCCCGAUGGGUUCCGUCAUCAAAACAUUUUGCUACUACAAGACCCCUUUUUGGAAGGAGAAAGGUUAUUGUGGGUCCACUGCAAUAGACGAUGAUGCAGCCAUAGUUGAAUUCACAUUGGAUGAUACGAAGCAUGACGGAAGUCACCCAGCGUUAAUGGGAUUUGUUCUUGCAGAUAAGGCAAAACGUUUUGUUUCUAUGACACCGGAAGAGAAAAAAGAGAGUAUAUGUCGUCUGUAUGCUAAAGUCUUCAAAUCAGACGAAGCGUUACAUCCAAUACACUAUGAAGAGAAGAACUGGCUCGGGGAACAGUGGUCUGGGGGUUGUUACACAGCCAUGAUGCCCCCGGGAUUCCUGACCAACUUCGGCGAAGAAAUAAGAAGACCCGUUGGUAAUUUAUAUUUCGCGGGGACAGAGACAGCCACCCAGUGGUCGGGGUACAUGGAGGGGGCGGUCCAGGCCGGGGAGAGGGCGGCCAGAGAGAUUUUAUUUGACAUGGAAAAAAUUCCCAAAUAUGAAAUUUGGCAAGACGAAGAAGAGAAUACUCUUGUGAGAGCCCGUCCGUUUGAGAGCACGUUUUGGGAGAGAAACCUACCGUCAGUCGGGGGGUUUCUGAAGUGUGUAUCCGUUACAACAGCUUUAGCAGUCGGAUCGGCGGGACUGUGUCUUUAUUGGUGGAAACGUUAACAUGCUAAUUCAAUUAAAAAAUGACCAGAUUCAAAAUAACCUAGGGUUUUAUCUUAAAAGAUCAAAAAAUAAAUCAAACAUUCAAGUAUAUUUGUUUGCCUCUCCCGACCAAAUAAGGGCAAACAAAAAUAAACUGUCUUAUAUUUAAUAUUUUGGUUAAUAUUACUUAUUAGUUGCUUUAUUCAAAAUCACCUAGGGUUUUAUUGUAAAAGAACAAAUAAGACUCAGUAAAUCAACAAAUAAAUCAAACAUUCAAGUAUAUUUGUUUGCAUCUCCCAACACAAUAAGUGCAAACAAAAAUAAACUGUCUUAUUUAUAUUAUUUCGGUUAAUAUAACUUGUUAGUUGCUUGGUUCUUUUGACACUUGAAAUAAAAUAUAUUGAAUAUUU